GGCCCCGGCUCCGCCAUGCCGCCUCCUCCGGGGCCCAGCGCGGUCCUGGGCACCGCGCUGCUGCUGCUCCUGCUGGCUUCCGAGUCCUCUCACACCGUGCUGCUGCGAGCGCGCGAGGCGGCGCAGUUCCUGCGGCCCAGGCAGCGCCGCGCCAACCAGGUCUUUGAGGAGGCCAAGCAGGGCCACCUGGAGCGCGAGUGCGUGGAGGAGCUGUGCAGCAAGGAGGAGGCCCGGGAGGUGUUUGAGAACGACCCGGAGACGGAAUACUUCUAUCCAAGAUACCAAGAGUGCAUGAAGAAAUAUGGGGAGCCCAGAAACAAACACCCAGAUUUCGUCACAUGUGUUCAGAACCUGCCUGACCAGUGCACCCCAAACCCAUGUGAUAAAAAGGGGACCCAAAUCUGCCAAGACCUCAUGGGCAACUUCUUCUGUCUGUGCAAAGCUGGCUGGGAGGGCCGGCUCUGCAAUAAAGAUGUCGACGAGUGUGGACAGAAGAACGGGGGCUGCAGCCAGGUCUGCCACAACAAGCCAGGCAGCUUCUACUGUGCCUGCCACAGUGGCUUUGCAUUGGCUCCAGAUGGCAGGACCUGCCAAGAUGUGGACGAGUGUGCAGAAUUGGAUACCUGUGGGGAGGCUCACUGCAAGAACCUGUUAGGCUCCUACUCCUGCCUCUGCGACAAAGGCUAUGCGUACAGCUCCCAGAAGAAGGCCUGCCAAGCAGAUGUGGAUGAGUGUCAGCAGGGACGCUGCGAGCAGACCUGUGUCAACUCACCAGGCAGCUACACCUGCCACUGUGAUGGGCGUGGGGGCCUCAAGCUAUCCCCAGAUAUGGAUACCUGUGAGGACAUCUUGCCGUGUGUGCCCUUCAGCAUGGCCAAGAGUGUGAAGUCCUUGUACCUGGGCCGCAUGUUCAGCGGGACCCCUGUAAUUAGACUGCGCUUCAAGAGGCUGCAGCCCACCAGGCUGGUGGCUGAGUUUGACUUCCGGACUUUUGACCCGGAAGGGGUCCUCUUCUUUGCUGGAGGCCGUUCAGAUAGUACUUGGAUUGUCUUGGGUCUUCGGGCAGGACGGCUUGAACUUCAGCUACGGUACAACGGUGUCGGACGUGUCACCAGCAGUGGGCCAGUCAUCAACCAUGGCAUGUGGCAAACGAUCUCUGUGGAGGAACUGGAGCGCAAUCUUGUGAUCAAAGUCAACAAGGACGCUGUGAUGAAGAUUGCAGUGGCAGGAGAGCUGUUCCAGCUGGAGAGAAGCCUCUAUCACCUGAACCUCACUGUGGGCGGCAUUCCCUUCAAAGAAAAUGACCUCGUCCAGCCCAUAAACCCUCGCCUGGAUGGGUGUAUGAGGAGCUGGAAUUGGCUGAAUGGAGAAGAUAGCGCCAUCCAGGAAACAGUGAAGGCAAACACAAAAAUGCAAUGCUUCUCUGUGACAGAGAGGGGGUCCUUCUUCCCUGGGAAUGCGUUUGCUUUCUACAGCCUCAGCUACACCCGAACAUCGCUGGACAUUGGGACUGAAACCACCUGGGAAGUAGAAGUUGUGGCUCGCAUCCGCCCUGCCACUGACACUGGGGUUCUGCUAGCACUGGUGGGUGACAACCAAACUGUCCCUCUCUCUGUGGCCCUCGUUGACUACCACUCUACAAAGAAGCUCAAGAAACAGCUGGUAGUUUUGGCGGUUGAGGAUGUUGCCCUGGCCCUGAUGGAGAUCAAGGUGUGCGACAGCCAGGAACAUGUGGUCACUGUCUCCUUGAGAGAGGGUGAGGCCACCCUGGAGGUGGAUGGCACCAAAGGCCAGAGUGAAGUGAGCACUUCCCAGCUGCAGGAGAGGCUGGCUACACUCAAGACCGUACUGCAGGGCUCUGUGCUCACCUUCAUUGGGGGCCUACCAGAUAUACCAGUGACUUCUACGCCCGUCACAGCAUUCUAUCGUGGCUGCAUGACAUUGGAGGUGAACCGAAGGACCCUAGAUCUGGAUGAGGCCUCAUAUAAGCACAGUGACAUCACCUCACACUCCUGCCCACCUGUGGAACGCACUGUGCCCUAAACCAAGCUGCUCCAGCACCCAUGAGGCAAAAGGCCUCCACAUCUUCCUGCAGAGAGAACCAGAGACAUGAACAACCACCACUGGCUCUGCAGCGAUGUCCUUCAACACUGGAGCCAUUGGGCUGUGGUCCUCAGGAGCUAUUUUCCUUUAAGAUAUUUCUUUGCCUUGUAACAUAUCUGUACAUAGUGGGACUGGAGUCAGGUCAGAAGCUGCUCUCCUAGCCACUGGGCCCAAUCCAAGCUGGCUGUAUAGAGACAGGCUAGAGGGCUGGUGACUGACAACAGAAUGGACUUGAAGAAAAUAAAUCUCUAUUAUUUUUAUUACCACAUGCUUCUUACUGACUCUAAAAUACGGAAAAUAAAAUAUUUACAGAAACCUUUUUAA